CCAUUCUUCGAUAAAAAUUACAGUAAAAGCCAUAGCAACACAGCGACCAUUUACGAUGGAAAUGCAGUAUGAGAUUAGCAAGCAUGGCGAUGUGCCAAGUUGUUGAAUGUCAUCAUAAACGAAACUGACGCUGGUAUAACGUGACUUACGUGACGGCUGUCAAAGACUCUUCAAUAGCGACUGGAUCCGCGAGAAUACGCGAAACCUUCCAAAAUGUACAACGCAUAUUCGUUUGUGGAAAGUGCGUGGGAGGCGAUCAUUCCAUUUGGGUGGUAUGCAGUUGCAUCUAUAGUUGUUUUACUCUACCUUCAUCCAUAUAUCAAGAAAACGUAUAAUAGUUGGAGGCAUAAAAGAGACGAAUUCGAAUAUUCAGCAAAAUACCAUAAAGACUCUGAUAUGUUACAACAGAGACAAGCUGCAAUAGAAGCUGCACGAUUGAGAAUGCAGGCUCAAUAUAUGCAAGAUGCUGAAAAAGCAAGACAGCGAGAACAAGAGCGUAUUGAAAAGAAGCGACAAGCAUUGAAGGAGCUUACAGAAGGAACAGAUGUCGGUAAAAAAUUGGGAUAUGCAGAUGGCAAUGAUUCUGCAUCAGGCUCAAAGUCCAGUUCAAAGUCACUCAAAUCAGAAUACAAUCCUCUGAUGGGUGAAACCAGUCGCGGUUAUCGCGCACCAAAAAGAAGUUGCUGUGGAAAAGGUGGCUGCGGUUAAUUUUCACACUUUUAGACAUCAAUCAUUUAUACAAACUCAAUUAAUAACCUAAGACUUGGAUGAUCUAUCACGCAAUCGAUUCUAAUUAUAUCAAUCUAAAAGUAAUAUUACCUAAUUGAUUUGUCAGUGUAUGGUGGUUAUUUAACAAAUCCUUAAAUUCAAAACCGUAUUAUCAAGCAUAAUAAAUUACAGGUAACUUGCUCUUUCUUGUUCUUUUUUUUUUUGAUACGAGAUGAGUUUAAGUGGUUGGGCGACUCUUUUGAUAAUUUAUGUAAAAUGUUUUGUUAUUUCUUCGAUUGAUCUUCAGAUUUUUAUGAAUUAGUAUUAAACGAAAUCACAGAAAUACUCCAUAUUUACUUGAUUUGUAUUCUCGUAUUUCACUACAGUUUCAGAAUCUAACAUAUUAACUCGAGAUAGAAUACACUCUAUUUUUUAAUUUCAUCAAAUUACUGUACAAAUGAAACAUAAGUGCAAUAAAGAGGUGUAAAAAAUCUU